ACCCCGGGCCCGUGUUUGCACAGCCCCAGGCAUCCCUUGCCCUCUGCCCUGUCCCACCAUGCCCACGGAUGAAGUUCCCAUUGCCCCUUCCCACCCUGUGCUCUCGUGACCGUGGAGUCAAAGCUGCUGCCUGCAGGGGUAUGGGAACAGCUCUCCUGGAAGCAGAAGGCCUUGUCACGCACCCACAAUCUGGUGCAGUUUUGGCAGUGCCAAUGCCUGCAGGAGAGGCUGCUGGAGAAGAGAGCUGCUGCUCUCCUGACACUUGUUGCAGGAACACCUGCAGAGCCCACCAGCACCUCCAGCCUCUGCUGUCUCCUCUGCAGCAGCUCCAGACAUGAGGUGGCCCUGGUCCUCCAAAGCCUUGGCUCCCCCAUAAAGUCACAUCUCCUUCACACCCUUGCGGAAGCCAUGUGGUAUUUGGUCGUUUCUCUUUCAAAGCAUGCACAUUGGUAGUGGGAUGGGCAGCUGUGCAUUGGCUGUGCAGGCUGCUUCCUGCUCCCACCACUCACAAGUGACCCCUUCCAGCUGCUCCCAUCCCCACACCACGGCUCUGCUGUCCUCUGCGACACCAGUAGUCACAGAAACUAAAAAUAGGAUGUCUUUGGCAGAGACUGGAGGUAAUUCAUGGUGGAAGGGCUGUGGUCUGCCCUCUUCCAGAGUUGCUUCCUAGGUAUUCAUGUCCUCUCAUGCUGGGCUGGCCUGUCACCAGAGCAGAGGGAUUGGGCAGAGGAGGCCAACUCACUCCUCGCUGUUUCCCUGCAGGUGGGGCUGGGGCCUCACUCAGGUGUGCCAGGGGCUGUAUGUGACUCCUGCCCCAAUGGCAGCCCCUGCCAGGCCAGCUGUGGCCCCCCUGAGGCCACCAGCCAGUCCUCCCACUCAGUCCAGCUCACUUAGACCAGAAGUCCAUGAGGGGCUCAGUGCGUGCUCAGAGGCUCAGGCUGGAAAAGCUGAACCUUUCCCAGUCCCACUCCUAAAUCACCACAGGACAAAUGAGAUUAAAUUCACCCUGAGGGGAUUCCCUGGCUGUGGGAGUUUACUCCUGGUUGCAGCAUCACUGAAAUUAUAACUCCUUCCCUCCCUGGUCUCAGGAGAGCUGCAGCCAUGUCAUGUUAAUGCCAUGACAAGGGCUGGGCUGGCAGUGCCCAGGGCAAUACCACCUGCAGAGCAGACAGGCAGUUGGUGGGGGAUGUGGACUUUCCUGCUCAUGUCCCUCUCCUCUUCCAAACUCAGGAAACAUCUGUAUGGAGGGACAAGCUUCUCAUCUUGUCUUUUCCAACUGAUGCCCCUCUUUUUCCAUUAUGGGUACACAGAGCACUGCAGCCCCUAAAAAAUUCUUCUAGGAGCCCUGGAUGAUGUCCUGAACUACUCAGUCCCCUUCAGAGCCCAUGAGGGAUGGGCACGACUUCACAGCUGCCCCAGCAGCUCCGUGUGCCUGGCAGAAACCAGGACCUUCAGGGCACCUUUAGCUGGUGUCCUCCCAGCACAAGGGCAGCAGCUGACACUCACAGAGAUUCAAGACAUCUUUCAGAGCAAAAAAGAGACUUUUUCAUCCUGUUGAGGCCCAGCAAACCCCUGCUCCACUGCUUUGCCAUCUUGGAGCUGGGUGUCCUGUGUGUGGCUUCAUUUCACAGUGGGCCUCAUCUGCCAGAGGAAGCAAGGAAUUAAAGCAGAGUCCUUCCUGCAGCAGAGAGAGUGGAUGUUCCGAGGCCUCCGGUUUGCAGACCCAGACUCCUUCCUGAAGUCUGCGCGUCUCCAGCGCCUGCCCUCCAGCUCCUCAGAGAUGGGAAGCCAGGACGUGUCCCCUCUGCAGGAGACCAGCAAGGACCCCUUCUCAGGAGACUGCAGCUGCCGGCAGGAUGGGCUGACGGUCAUCAUCACCGCCUGCCUGACCUUUGCCACAGGUGUCACUGUGGCCCUCAUCAUGCAGAUCUAUUUUGGGGACCCUCAGCAGCUGUUCCACCACGGUGCCGUGGUGACAGACACGGCCCGCUGCACCGCGCUGGGCACCCACGUGCUGGCCAGGCACGGCUCCUCGGUGGACGCAGCCAUCGCCUCGGCCCUCUGCGCCGGCAUCGUCCACCCCCACACCUCGGGACUGGGAGGGGGCGGGGUGAUGCUGGUGCACGACAUCCGCAAGAACCGGAGCUGGGUGAUCGACUUCCGUGAGGUGGCUCCCCUGGGCAUCCCACUGGAAGGGGACCUGCCGCAGGACACCAAGCCAGGUCUGCUCGUGGGGGUGCCAGGCAUGAUCCAAGGAAUGCACCAGGCACACCAGUUACAUGGCAGACUCCCGUGGUUUGAGCUGCUGAGUCUCACGGCCAGUGUUGCCCAGAAUGGCUUUAAUGUCACACAUGACCUGGCCAAAGCCCUGAGUGAACUGAAGGACCUGAACUACUCGGAGCGAUUCCAGGAGAUCUUCCUGCCGGAUGGGCAGCCCCUGCUGCCUGGAAUGUUUGUCCGGCGCCUGGACCUUGCGGCCGUGCUGCAGCUGCUGGGGGCAGAAGGGGCGUCAGCCUUCUACAGCGGAAACCUGACCCAGGAGAUGAUCUCCGAGGUCCACAACUAUGGAGGAAUCUUGGUGGAGGAAGAUUUCAGCAAUUACAGUGUCACUGUGGAGGACCCCGUGCACACAAUCUAUCGAGGGCACCUUGUUUUCACCCCCCCAGCUCCACAUGCAGGACCUGCACUGAUCACAGCACUGAACAUCCUCGAGGGCUUUAACAUCACACGACAAGGAUCCAGAGGGAAUAUCUUGCAUUGGAUGACAGAGACACUAAAAAUAGCCCUGAGUCUGGCAAGCAACCUGGGAGACCCAUCUGGUGACAUGUCUGUCAGUCACACAGCAGAAGGCAUGCUGAGUAAAUCAGAAGCCAAUUCCCUGCGCCAGCUGAUCAAUGACUCCCAGUCCUUCCCGUCAGACCUCCGUGUGCCUCAGUCUCCCCUGGCGAGCGGGACCGCCGCCAGCCAGGUCCUGGUCAUGGGCCCCGAUGACUUCAUUGUCGCCGUGGUCAGUUCUUUGAAUCGUCCCUUUGGCAGUGGAAUAGUAACACCCUCUGGAAUCCUCCUGAACAGCCAGAUGUUGGACUUCUCCUGGCAAAAUAAAACAAUGAACCACUCCAUUCCCAGGCCGCAGAACCUCCCCCAGGCUGGGCGGCGGCCGCGGUCCUUCCUGCUGCCCACCAUCGUGAGGCCCUCCGAGGGCAUGUGUGGCACCUACCUGUGUCUGGGAGCCAACAACGGGGACAGAGCCCUGAGCAGCAUUGUCCAGGUUUUGGUAAAUGUUUUAACAUUUAACAAGAAUCUGAGUGAAAGUUUGUCACUUGGUCGACUUCACCCCCAGCUUCAGUCCAACACCUUGCAGGUUGACAGUGAGCUUCCUGAAGAAGAUAUUGAAUUUCUUGUAGCCAGGGGCCAUCAGGUGGAUAAAGUCCCCGUGCUGUCCCUGGUUCACGGGGCCAGGAGAACCAACAGUUUCAUCAUUGGCCUGAAGGACCCCAGGAGUGCAGAUGCUGCCGGAGCCACGAUCUUGUAGCAGCUCCCAGGGGACGUGUGCUGUGACCAAGGCUGGCAGAGAUGUGCAUGUUCUGAGGUAGCCCCUUCCCCAGCCCUGCACACUGCUGGGAAGAUCUUCUGCACUCCCCACCCUGUCAGCACCAGAGGAGUCGCAGCACCAACGUCCAGCUCUCUUUUUAUUUUGCAAUGAUUUGGAUUGCAAGAAGCCCUGUCCUUGUUACGGAAGUGGCAGGAGCCACAUUUCUUUUGGCAGUCUUGCUAAUAGUUCAGUCUUUCCAAAGCCCAGUUCUACCCAGAAUCUUACCUUUAGGGAUCAGGAACAUGAGCAAGGGAAAAACAGCUGCUGCUGCUGAUGUUAUUAUUGUUGAUGAUUAUACUCAUUUCCCUGUCUUUCCCAAGUUCCUUCUUUGCCUCUAGUGUAAGCCAGUGAUUAACGCAGCCUGAUGUAGUGUUGGUAGGUACCUGCAGUAGGAAUACUGAGGAGUCUUCUAAUAUUCCAUCUGGCCAGCUGAUUUUCACUAGCGUGCACCAUCCCAGGAAAGUUCCUGUGCUCACAUCACUACAUAACUUGAAUUUUGGCAGUAAAUUUUUUGAAUCCAGUUGCUGUGUAGACUCACUGGCAGGCUGAUUUUGUAACCAGAGCAAUGGUUUUCAACAGCUCGAACAAACUUCUUCCUCUCACAACUUGUGCACUCCCCAGCAGUUUUCUUACAGAGUUUCAACCUCUUCACUGGGGAAUUUCAGAUUAAUGGUAACAGGUUUAACUUCCUUAGACACUUUUUGGAGAUAUCUUAGCAGUACUCCACAGAGUUGUGAAAAACCACAGAUCACGGACUGAAGACUAUGUGGAGAGCAUUUGGGUGGGUUCAGAGAUUUCCUUCCACUGCCUUAUCUCAGUCAGUUCCAAAAGCCUGGGUCAUUCCUACAGAGAGGCUUGGGAAUUUCUGCUGACUGAAUUAAUGGCUGUACCUUAGCUUUUUGUUUGUUGUAGUGAAUUAAUUGGAAAAGCUGAAGAAAGUGAGAGAAAAAGUACAAGCCAAACCAAACACUACUAAGAUCAUUUUCUGUCCACAGCAUGUAGUGAAAAUAAAAGAAUGCUCUUGCAUUUCAUGUCUCAAAUUGAGAGGGGAAGAAUACCCCAGCUGACAUCUGCACCAGGUCAUUCAGCCCUCAUUUGGACAUUUCCUGCUCUUUUUGCUGGCAAGUUAGAGGCACUUGGCACUAAAAAAAAAUCAGGAGUUUGAUAAUUUUCUGUGGUCUAAAAUAUGAUGCUUUUCUUCAUGGUGGAAAUGCACCCAUGGCCACUGUACAUAUUACAUAUGGUUGUCUUGCUCUUUGAUUUGAUGAUCACACCGCUCACCCCGACCUUCCUCCCCAGGAGGAGGUGACAUCCCUGUGACACGCUGUUUGUGCCACCCUCUGACAUACAAUGGCAUGGGCUGAUUUUGGGGUAGUCAGGGCCACAGGGCAGAUAGUUGGACUAAUUGUUCCUGCCACCCAAGAGCUGCAGAUCUCAGAAGACCCCAGUGAGGCACGUUGGGCUGAGUGAGAACAGAGGUGUUUUCAUGCUCUGCUGAAGUGCAGCCACCAAUGAGAGGAGCACAGCAGCUCCCACUGACAGGACCAUCAGCAGCAUUUCCUAUUCCAAGUGCACCUGUGCCCUCAGCUGGGAUGGGAGAAACAUAAUGUAUCUGCACCAUGUUCUGUGCCACCAAGGAGAGACUUUCUUCACCACAGGGACACCAAAUCUAUUCACUUAUUGCUCUGUCAUCAGCACUAGAGUUGGUCACUGCCCGAGGAUGGAGAGUUCGUAAAUGUGUCCUGGAGCAGACCUCUCCAGGCUUUACAGGAAGGGAAGGAGGCAGUUCCAUCUGUUGAACCUCUCUGGAGAUGAUCUGGGAGUUUCUGUUCUGUCCCAGCCCAGACCUGUCCCUCAGGCAUGAAGGUUCUCUAUGAGCAGCUGCAAAAUACGUGGUCAAGUCACUGUCAGUGUAGGACUUUGCAUGAAAUGUCACAAAACACUUUGAAAGAUGAAAUUCCUUUUUAACUGAAUUCACCAACUUCUGGUGUCGGAUGCUCUGUAUAUUUUUGGGAGUAAAAGACUUUGGUCUUGAUUCAAAAGGGCACUUCUAUAUCCCAAAGUACAAUUUCACAGCAAUUAUCCAGAAUCUUAAAAUAAAGCAUGUUCUAAGGUGUUCUGCUGGAUCAUGGCCUGCAUUGCAAAAAAAAAACAAA